AGUUUCAGGUAGAACUUGAAGGGUGCUACCAUCACCGUUGCUUCGGGCGGAUUAUCAAGGAGAGGAGACGUGAAAUGGAACGCACCGGUAAAGUCACCCGACGAAACCCGACUGGCCAGGCGCCGGGAAGGUCCCAACAUGGCAGUCGAGGGGCAUCAAGGGUGUCUCGGGGGCAGGGCCGUGCAGGCCACUCGCUGACCGUUAGUGACGGUCAUGUUGAAACAAUUGACGAGCAUUAUGAGUCCGAGGAGGAUUCAACGUACCGACCGGGAACGGAGCCGGUUGAAACCCCAUAUGAUGGGGAAAAUGAUGACAUUAGCGAGGGGAGCGACGAUAACGACGCUCUAGAAAGGAUUGAGGAAUUGCUCCGGCAAUAUCAUCAAGAUCGCCAAAGGCGCCGGGCAAGGCGUGCUUCGAAGGGGGCUUCGAGGAGAGGGAGCCGUGUGAGUCCUAGGGGAAGCAUAGAACCCCAAGGAGGGCGAGGUGCCGAGGUUCCUAUCAUAAGAAUCUCGAAGUACCUAAAGGAGGCGAGAGACUUGGGAUGUAAACCGUUUGAUGGAACGGGAGACAUCUCCGUGGCGGCCGAGUGGAUCAAGAGAUUCAAUGAAGCGGCCCUGGAUAUGCAGCUGCCACCGAAC